AUGGCUCCAGUUACCUCCAGAAAGCAAAAGAUCACCAAGACCUUCACUGUCGACGUUUCUUCUCCAACUGAGAACGGUGUGUUCGACCCAGCUUCUUACGCCAAGUACUUGAUUGACCACAUCAAGGUCGACGGCCACUUGGGUAACUUGGGUAACGCCGUUUCCGUGGAGCAGAACGACUCUGUUGUGACCGUUGUCUCCACCACCAAGUUCUCCGGUAAGUACUUGAAGUACCUCACCAAGAAGUACUUGAAGAAGAACCAAUUGAGAGACUGGAUCAGAUUCAUCUCCACCAAGACCAACGAGUACAAAUUGGCCUUCUACCAAGUCACUCCAGAGGACGAGGAAGACGAAGAGUAA